UCGCUUGUCAUUGCUGCGGCCGGCUGGCUGCGGCGUAUUCGGCGUCUUUUGCGAACUUUACAAAGGAAUCGGUGGGCGGAUCACUGAGUCGCUGCGGUCGCUGCCUUGUUUGAUUUUUAUUUUUAAUUUUCGGUCAUUGGAUAAUUAAGAAGAUGGCGCUCACACAAAAAAGUGCCAACAAGAUCUUUGGUGGAUGGCAAAAGGUGUUUUCACACAAGAGCGCUGAACUGAAAUGCGCUAUGAACUUCGGAGUCUUUUUGCCGGCUCAAAGUGAGACUGAAAAGUGUCCUGUGAUCUAUUGGCUGUCAGGCUUGACCUGCACUGAGCAAAACUUUGUGACAAAGGCUGGUGCUCAAAGAUAUGCUGCCGAAAAGGGUGUCAUUCUUGUUGCUCCUGAUACGAGUCCAAGGGAAUGCAACAUUGAAGGGGAAGAUGAGUCGUGGGACUUCGGAACAGGUGCUGGAUUUUAUGUUGAUGCCACUGAGGAGAAGUGGAAGGAGAACUACCGCAUGUACUCCUAUGUGACCAAGGAACUACCCCAGCUCAUCAGUGAGAAUUUCCCUGCCAAUGGAAAACAGAGCAUCAUGGGACAUAGCAUGGGUGGCCAUGGGGCUUUGAUUUGUGCCCUCAAGAACCCAGGCAUGUACACAUCUGUGUCUGCCUUCUCACCGAUAUGUAACCCAACCCAGUGCCCGUGGGGACAGAAGGCCUUCACUGGGUACCUGGGCUCUGACAGAGCGACGUGGCAGGGCUAUGAUGCCACUGAGCUGGUGAAGAGCUACAGCGGCCCUGCCCUGGACAUUCUGAUUGACCAGGGAUCUGAGGACGGAUUCCUGAAGGAUGGCCAGCUCCUUCCUGACAACCUGGUGGCUGCCUGUGCCAAGGCCAGCAUGGCUGUCGACUACCGGCUGCAGCCAGGCUAUGACCACAGCUACUACUUCAUUGCCACCUUUGUGGGUGAUCACAUUGCCAAACAUGCUGAGGCUCUGAAGUGAACAUGGCUCACUGGGGCUGCAACAUGAAUCCAGGAUUGCUGUGAUGAGCAACUGCAUUACUAUUUUCUUUAUUUGGGGAUACCUGUAUUCAUUCAGAUGGAUUGCUGUCUAAGGUUGUCAGCAGUUGCAUUAAGGGCUAACUGUAGGACUAACAGUAAGGACAAGCACAGUCAGGGCUAGUGCUUGAUAUACAUGUUAAACAUGUGGGCUAAUACAUCAAAGCAAUUG